AUGGACAAACGCGAGCUUCCGAGUGGUAUAAGUACCUUGAAAUGUUUGGAGGAUGCGACAGGGGCUUUUUCAGGCUAUUUGCUAUCUUAUAUUGAGACCUUGAACAAGUAUAUCAGCCAUCAGCGAAGAGUGUCUACGCUACGGUUCGAACGUGCCACUUUGAUCAAAUAUGUCAAGAAACUACGGUUCUUUAAUGAACAAUUGACUAGAAUGAAGCUCGUUGAGAGCGUUAGGUGGAAAGAGGAGCCAUUGACAUCAGUAGUUUCGUUAAUCGCGUCGUUCUUCAUCCGAUGCCUCGAAGUUAUUGAUUUGCUAAACUACUAUCUCACACAAGCACUUAAAAACGAAACCAUUUCCAAGACCUUGAACUAUGAUCUUGUUGUGAGUUUGGAGUGCGUGGCUGCUGUUGAGCUCACAUAUCGUCAUUUUGUGAAAUUCACACAAUGGAUGUUAGAAUCUCUCGAUCUUCAGGAUCCGACAUUGACUGUAGAAGUCCUACAAUUUGCCCGCAAAUGUGCGCAGGAGGAUGGAUUGGAUGUGGAAGAGACGGAAGAUAUUUUACUGCAAGAGGUGGGCAUCGUCGGGAACGCCAAGGAAUACGAGGACUUGUUGGUGGAAUGGUGUAAGGUUCUACUAGAUCAAAAAUCGGCCCUCUCGGAGGCAUUUGAAAUGGAGCUGAUACGUUGGGCCGAAGUUUUUGAGGCCCGCAAGUAA